AUGUCCAGUGCCAGCUGCAUGUUGUCCAUGAGGAAAACCAACCUGCAGGAAGUGCUGAGGGACAGGGAAAACAAAGCCCUUGCAAAGCGUGUCAUGAAUGUGAAGUCCUUCUGCGAUCCCAACGGAAAGGAUUUGGAGGACUAUCGCCGACACCAGCGGAUGGUUCAAGUACGCCAGGAGUUCCAUCACUACGGUGGUCCAUCCCGCGCAGUGCUGCGGCAUCGAGCACCGGAGGCCAAUGUCCGCCCCUCCCGGCCGCGAGUGACGCAGAGCCUGUCAGAGGCCAACUUGCACCAUUUAGACUCUCUUCUGUGCCCUUGGGAGUUGCCUAAAAGCCGCCGGGAGGAGGCCAGCACCGUAGCUCCGGCGAAAGAAGAAUUUGCAGAGACUCUGAGACCAGAGGAAAUUCAAUACCACGGCACUGGGACUGAGAUUGUGAUAUCGAAUGCUGUGCUCAUGGGAGAGGACGUACCUGCGUCAGAGAAGGAACAGAAUGUCACUUCUACAGCCGGCGAGGUUGAGAAUAUCCAGAGAGAGGCGAUUCCUGCUUCAGAGCCGGGGCCAUCCAUGACGGCAGCGCUGGUGAUCAUGGACAAAGAUUUGCCCAGGUCCAGCAACGCAAACGACACAUCGAUGAAUGCAGCAGUGCCCAGCAGUGCAGCAAAUGCAGGCUUCACCAGUGCCGAGUCGCAGGAUGCGCAGCCAGCGGCGACCAACAACAGACAUGCGGAUCCUUUUGGAGACAUGGGCAUGUUCGACAAGCCGCCAGAGUUCAAGACCAAGAGAAGGAGAUCGGAAACUUCACGGCUUGGAGUUUUUGGCGGGUUAACGUAG